AUGUAUAACCAGGUCAACCUCUAUAUGAACUCGCGUAGUAAUUUUCAGAGAAUCAACAAUACCCUUCAGCAUAGCUUUACUUCGACAUUUCUUCAAACCUCGAUUGCCCUAGCCGGCGAGGGCAAGGCGCUUGGAACUACCGCCAGUGUGCAGUACUACGAAGACAUGUCACAGCGCGCUGAGGUCCAGAAGCUACACCAUAUCACCCAGGUGAAGCUGCCCAAGCAUAGACCGUUGGAGUAUUUCCUGGACCUUGUGCGAACAGACUCUGAGAAGCUGUCGCCCAUUGCGCACAAGUUGAUGCGCACCAUCUACUCACUCGAAGCACGAGUACUAUGCUCGGCCGAAGGGGUGUCGUAUACGAGCCCAAUGCCCAUACACACAGGGAAACCAUUGAGUGUCAACGAGUGGGGAAGGCACGUACUGCAGCACAAGCGACGCGUAGAGGAGGGUCUGACAUCCGAUACACGCGAGCUGUGUCUGAGCCUGGUGUUGAUAGAGCAUCUGUACGAGGCUCUGCGUGUUAUUGUGGUAUCCGACUAUCGCUCGGGUCUGGAUAUGGCUAUGCAUUCUCUGGUCGCCCUUGGCCCUGUGCCCACUUUGUUGGACACUCCCCUGCUGAACGGCCUCGGCAUGCGCAUAUCGGAGCCGAUGAAAGAUACUGUGCCGCUGCGGGCACUGUAUGAGGAGUAUAGCGCCCAGUUCGGCGAAUUAGACCAUCUGCACAAGUCUCUGCUGAAGUAUCAGGAGCUACGCGGGAACACCGAGUCUGCUUUCCGAUGCAUUGUGUUUGUCGAGCAGCGACAGGCGACCAACACCAUCCAGCACUACUUGAUGACGCGAGCUAGGCCCAUCCGCUGCGGUUCACUUAUGGGACAGUCGAACCAGUACUUUGUGGGGAAUAGCCCGAAGCAGACCGAGGCGCAGAGCACUAUCGCGGCCUUCUCCUCUGGAGAGCUCCCUGUGAUCAUAGCUACGUCGGUUGCCGACGAGGGGUUGGACAUCCCCGCAGCCAACUGUGUCAUACGCUUCGACAGUAUAAGUAAUGCCGUGUCUCUAGUGCAAAGCAGAGGAUGUGCACGACAGGACAAUAGUCAUUUCGUCGUGCUUCGUGAAGGUGCAAAGUCCUACGCCGCUCUCGAGCGAGCAGCUGUAGAGCAGCAGGAGCUGAUACAGAACAUGGUCACCGCAGCGCAUGCGAGAAAGGGCACACUGCCACGAACUACGGAUGCAGUGAUGACCAGCUUAGCCAAGGACUCACGCGAUCUCUGUGGGGAGCCAACACGGCUCUGA